AUGACGAUGAUCGAUCUCGAGAUUCACUUUGGGGGUCUGGCGAGGACAAACGAAGAAGCAUGCUGUAGAUCGAAUUGGUUAUCGCCGUGCUUGAAUACGAUUCCGUCUGGGGGACGAUCAGACAAUGAUCCUGCUCUCCUGUCGUACUUUGAACAGAUCAUUUGCAGCAGCUCGACCCUCAUCGACAAUGCCCAUUGCAACCCCUAUCGAUAUCUGAUUCUGCCCAUGGCAUUGCAGUCCCAAGGACUGUACCAUGCGGCUUUGGCCAUUGCAGCAAACACCCUGAAACUGUCCGACGCGAAAUAUGGGUUACCGGCUUUAGAGCAUCAUCAUCGGGCCCUGAACCACCUACGGGGUCUAUUGAACAAAGGGGAGUGGCUAGAGUCCGAAGUAGAUGAGAUGCUAGGGCUUGUUCUGAUGUUAUGCUGGUUUGAUAUCUCAGACCACAGUCGUCCUUCUUGGGUCACGCACUUGAAUGGCUUCCAGAACUUGAUUCGCACUCGAACAGAAUGCCCCGGUCGCUCAAGUCACAGCCAAGAGUUGACGGGUUUCUUCAAUCGCUACUUUGCCUUUCACCUCGUUCUGGCCAGAACAGCAUUCCAAGUCCCAUCCACUUCGCAAGCAUCACCUAUUCUGCCGGAUAGCAUCUUGGAACCAUCGGAUGUCAUUGAUCCAUACAUGGGCUUGAGUCCGGCUCUGUUAUUAAUGAUCAAUCGGGUGGCAGAACUAGCAUGGACACGAGAUGGCCUGGAUGAGACGAGUCGAAAAGGGGUUUAUCAAUUGAAGGCGAAUCUAGAUACUCUCCAGCAGACCUUGCCUGUGGAGCACAUUGAUCCUACUACGGAAUGUGUCGCCAUCGCAGAAGCUAACAGACUCGGGGCACUUCUGUUCUUGUACGAAAUUACUUCCACCAAGUCGGCCAACUCAAGGAGCUCAGUCAUUUCACUCGACGCAGAGGAAAAGAAUAGCUAUGUCAAACGCAUAUUAGAAUUGGUUCUGGAAAAGAAGGAAACUAUGAUGCGUACUGCGGUCUUACCGUUAUGGCCACUUUUUCUGGCAGGCUGCUGUGCUCGCGAUGAGGAAGACAAGGUCGUUGUUUUACAAUUGUUUCAAAAGCUUGACGGAAUCCGUCGAUUUGGAAACAUUGCCCCUGCGGUCGAGGUUGUGGAGAUGGUCUGGCGACAGCGCGAUCUGGCUAUGCAAGAUGAAAGAAAGCGCCGAAGAUCCAUUCCAGAGAGAGAAAGAGAUCUUUUGCAAGGAUCUCGUUUUGUAUGGGAACACGCCAUGGUUAUGCUUGGUGGGUGGAAGCUCAGUUUAACUUAG